UACUCAAUACUCAUUAGCCAAUAGCCAAUAAUAUUAUCCAUGAUACAUUGAUAUAUUAUGAUAUUAUCAAUUUAUUAUUGUUAUUGUUGAUGUUUUGUUAGAGUUUAUCCAUCCAUCCUAUUCCUAUCCUAUUCAUAAUCAUCACAUCAUCACCACGACCACAUCACAUUAUACUUCUCAUUUUAAACUUAACCUAAUCUAAUUUCAAACGAACGUUUCUGAUAUAUAGUGUAUAUUUAAUUAAUUAGUCUUCUUGUAUGCAAUCCAACAUUGACGAUGUACGAAACCGGGACCCUGUUUACCCUAUUUUAUAUAAUUUGCUCAUAUUGUUUCGUAUUCAAAACAAAUGAAUUUCUUACUGCUGGAUUGACUGUAGAAAGCCUAUUCGGAAGGAUCAUAGGCAGUGAAACGGAAAAUUUUGUUUUUUAUCACAUCAAACGAUCAACAUACACAAUGUUCAUUCACAGUUUUAUUCCAAUAGGUUACAAUAUUGGUAUGUUUUGGAUUGCAUACUAUCCCUUGAUACAGAAAGGUUUAUGCCUGAUGAACAUUAUCGGAACGAUUGGCCUAAUUCUUCCGAUAACAACAGGAGUCAUUGUGUACAGGUGGAGGAAAAACAACUGGGAAGAACAUCCAAUAUCAAAAAGGCUUGCUUUAUUCAGUGGAAAUGCUGGUCAAAUGAAUUGGCGAACUUUGGCAUCUGAUAUCAAUGUUGAGUUCCGAAGGGUGAAUAAAAUUAUCAUUAAGUGUGGUACACUGGUGGAUGUGGUAGUGACGGAAAACUGGAUUAUCAAGGUGACUCCUUACAACAUGUACUUUGCCCAUCAGAGCAACACUACACUCUCACUGGACACAGCUGAUACUCACGCACUAGCAGUGAACGGCUCAGGGUCUGCGCAGUUCCUUAACAUCAAGGUAUCCUUCACUCAGAGAGGUUCCCAUCAUUUCUACAUCAGAUUAAAUGCUCUAGACUAUAAAGAUCUGAAAGACAAAGUUCUACGACCUAUCCAAGUUGCCCAAGAUAUUGUAUUCCACCAAACGAAAGCUGAGCAGUUUGUGGAAGUAUUCAAAGAGCAAGUUUACCUAAACCCUCGACAUCACCCUACUGAGGAAUUAGAAAUGUGCAUUGGAUGUAUGGUGAAUUUAUCCAACAUCAAAUUAGUGAAACACUGUAUAGAUGAAGGAAUUGACCCAUGCGGUAACUGUUACUGCCGGCCCAUGUGGUGCAUUUCCUGCAUGGGACGAUGGUUCGCUUCUCGUCAGGAUCAAGAUCAUCCUGAAGUAUGGUUGUCCUCAAAGUGUACUUGUCCUAUGUGCCGCAGUGUAUUCUGCAUCUUAGACGUCAGUUUGAUACAAGAAACACAAGCGGAUGAACUGAACUGAGUUAAUAAACAUGACAGUUACCAAGGAAAAUGUAUAUUUUGGAAAUAAGUGCUUAACUUUGUACCGCUCAGUUUCAGCUGUGAUUUUAUAAGAUUUUAUAUUUAAAGAGAAGAAAGAAGUUUAAGUGUUUGUUUAUAGGUUUUGAGAAAAGAUAGAAGUUUUCAUUUAUUUUUGUUCUGAGAGAGCAGGAAGUCUCU